GAGCGUCUCCCGGUUUAUAGUCGGUGCUGCAGGCAGACGUCUAGGGCCGAUGCAAUUGCAAGAACACUGCAGUUGGGCGUCCGUGUCUUUCGAAUUUUUAAAACGGGACGAGUUUUCGAACUGAGUUGAGAAAUUCGAGUCGACGUCCGACGUCCGCUUAACCUGUCGUAUUUCAAAUUAAUAUUUUCAUUCCGUCGUUCCACGUCGGCACGCACGCCUGCCUGAUAAACCUCGGCCAUUUCUGUACACAGAUAUACACACACAUUCGCGCACGUACACACCGAUGCAUACUUACUCACACAUGCACGCAUACACACACACGUACACUCAUGUACCCUCGUCGUUCAUUACGCGCAGCUUUUGAGGGGAAAAGUUUAUUCCCAUUAGAUAUAUAUAUAUGUAUAUUAGCUAUCUGCAAGUUUUUUGAAAAGUGAAGUUCGGUUCGAGGGGAGGAAAAAACAUAAUUUCACACUUUUUUUAUACAAAUAAAUAUUGCGUCUUUCGUUUUAUCAUUUUAUGAGUUUCUUCUGCGGCAUGAGUCUUAAAGGGUAUUUCAACAAGUCGCUAAUUUUUCGCGAAUCAAACGUUUCGUCGAGGGUAACGUAGAAAGUGCGAUCUCGUGUGGUCAGACGAACGAUUUCUAUAAUAAUUAUUCAUAAAUCACCUGGACCGAAUAUGAGUUAAAAGAAAUUCGGAACUGCUUAGUGUAAGAAGAGUUUAAGUAGUCCCAAAGUAGUGUCGAGAACGUUUGAAACAGUCACGAUGGUGCUUCACGGUGUGAAUCAGAACGGACUCCUCUCGUUCGAGAACCCAAACUAUCAUCUGGACCCGGCGCGCCUCGACGACGCCCUGAACAGUAACAGCGGCAGUUCCCUCUACGACGAGCUUUACCAGGAAUUGGUUGGCGGGGGAGAAGUGACCGGGGGUGGCGGCGGAGACGGAGGCGUAACCAGGGUACAGGCCCGACGCACCUACGCAGCACUUGACCUUGGAAGUAUGGGGGUCGACGUAACGCAAGGACCUCUCACCCAGGAGUCGGGGGAGGACGCCGCCGACAACACCGACAAUCACAACCUGAGGUACAGCAAUGAGGGUGUAGCGGAGGAGUCGACGCUGGUCGAUGACACCCUCAACGGCAAUCCUCACGUUCAUGUACUCGACCGAGCCGACAGAUCAAAGGGUCCAACAUUGCCUCCGCAAGUUAGCGCCUCCUCAUUGACGGAUUCCGUCGGAUCUAUCCGCUGCACUCGCGGUCCAGAUCAAACUGAAAGAGCCAACGCCACCUUAAGGGACUACUGCGAGAAGCCUGACAACGAAUCAGAGAUGGGUGGAAUACCUCACGUGGAAGGUGGGCUGAACAGCGACCUUUACGCGGUUCCAGUAAAACGUCGUCAGCCAAAAGACCACAAAGACCAGAAGGACUUGCCGCUGCAACCGAGCACGGAGAAGCUGCCAGCGUCCGAGGACAUCGACGCGGUUGACUCCGAGGACAAAGACGAGAAUCUCCCGCCGGGAUGGGAGAAGCACGAAGACAACGACGGCCCGUAUUAUUGGCACAUAAAAAGCGGCACCAUCCAAAGAGAACCACCCGAGGCUCCUCUGCCUUCGAAAUCAGACUCUCGCAGAAGUUUAGUUAAGGAUAACGAUAGUAUAAACAAUUUUCACUCGAUCGGCGGAAUGGUGAACACGGUCACCCGCAGCAACACAAGCUCUGCCCUUGAUCAGGAUCUGGAGAACAAGAGGAAAGAGGAUCUAGCUCUCAAGCGGAGGAGUUACCCAGCUCGCGUCGACACCGAGAGCAGAGACAGGCCAAUAAGGUUUGCGGUCCGUUCGUUGGGGUGGGUCGAGGUGGCCGAAGAGGAUCUGACCCCGGAGCGAAGUAGCAAAGCCGUCAACAAGUGCAUCGUCGAUUUGUCACUGGGGAGGAACGAUCUGCUGGACGUUGUCGGAAGAUGGGGAGACGGAAAAGACUUGUUUAUGGACUUGGACGAGGGUGCGCUUAAGCUAAUAGAUCCGGAAAACCUGACGGUACUCAAUACUCAGCCCAUUCAUACGAUCAGAGUGUGGGGCGUUGGAAGAGACAAUGGACGCGAAAGGGACUUUGCGUACGUCGCCAGAGACAGAUCGACGCGAAGACACAUGUGUCACGUGUUUCGUUGCGACAUGCCGGCACGCACGAUCGCCAACACCCUUCGCGAUAUUUGCAAGAAGAUUAUGAUCGAGAGAUCGCUUCAUCAGAAUCUUGCUAAGCCAGUUGAUAUUAACGGGAGAACGAGUUUGGCAACUAGACCGACUAAUCUUCCUACGGAACAUAGACGAUUCCACAGAAAUGGUCAGGCCCUAGUCACACAAUCUUUCCCGACGCCAAUGGAAGAGCCGAAGAAAGUAUUAAGAGCACAAUACCUAGGCUCGAUGCAAGUUUCGCAAGCCAGCGGUAUGGACGUGUUGAAUGACGCGAUAGAUCAUAUGGUAACAAACACGCCGAAUGAUCAGUGGCGAAAUGUUAACGUUGCAGUGGCACCGAGCAUGAUAUCCAUACUGACGCCAAAUGACGACAAGCUCAUAACCGAAUGUCGAGUUCGUUACCUGUCCUUUUUGGGGAUCGGCCGCAACGUGAAACAGUGUGCCUUCAUAAUGCAUACGGCUCAGGACAUUUUUAUCGCACACGUAUUCAACUGCGAACCGAGUAGCGGAGCGCUGUGCAAAACUAUCGAGGCUGCUUGCAAGUUGAGGUACCAGAAAUGCCUAGACGCUCAUCCCCAAGGAUUCAGGAAUGCAACCAGCCUAAACACUCCUGGAGGACGGGGACUUGGAGCCACUUUGAAGUCUCUUGUCGGAUCUCUUACUGGUCGAAGAAAUAAGCAGGGUGAAUCCUGAGAUGAGGCUCUCUCGCUGCAGGAACUGUGGCCACUACCUGCAGAGCGAGAGGUAAUAAGACACAGACAUCUGCAGUCCCCGUUGACCCUGAAAUACUUUGGAGGAUCACCGCCUAGUGCAUCUCUGCGGUCACUUCUCUCGCCUUCGUUGGAUACAAGGCGCAUACAACUUGCACGAUGGGAAAGCAAUCCUUAGAUAAACGUACGGUCCCUUCUUUCAAAGAUGAAUAAUUUUGAAAAGAUGGCAAGAAAGAACAGGAAUGGAAAAAGAAAUGAGAAAAAUAAUCCCACGUCAAGAUUCCGGCACUGAUGUUGUGUCGCUGCCCAUAAGACCUCUACUUCAGUCCCUAAGAUAAGAGAAAAAAAAAACAAAACAAAAAAAAAAAAAAUAUCGUGAAUUCAGCAACGUGCUAUAUGAAACCUAUAAACGACAA